AUGGCAGAUGUUGAGAAACAAUCGACAGAUGACUCGAACUAUGAUGUGUAUGAUGAUGAUGACAGUCUGUUCGAUCGUAGUGUGAGAAAAGGUAUUGAAAUGGAUAUGCAUACCAUGGUGGAGUAUGAAGAAGACCUUGAAUUACAUAGUUCUUCAUAUGCAACUUCAGAAGAGUUAAAAUUUGGCAAUAGUUCAGAUUCGGAGUAUAAUAGAGGUCAAUUGACUUAUCCUAAAUAUUAUGAUGGAAAUGAAAAGAAGAAUCCGCAUCUUGAAGUUGGGUUACUUUUUGCUUCGUUCGACGAGCUAAAAUCUGUUGUGAGGAAUUAUGUGGUGUUCAAUCGGGUUGAACCUAUCUUCAAACGAAACGAUAAAGAUCGUGUUCAUUGUUUUUGUAAAGAUGGAUGCCCAUGGAAGUUGUGGGUGUCAAAGUUACAGGAUCGAGACACUGUUCAGAUAAAAACCUGUGAUCCGAAAUACAUUUGUUUUAAGGUUCGGGCAAAUAAGUAUGCAAACUAUAAAUGGCUUGCGGAAUAUUAUUUGGAGGACUUCAAAGUUAAUCCUAAAUGGAAGACAAAACAUUUUAGAACUAUUGUGAGAAAGGAUUUUGGUUCGCACAUUACUAAGGUAGUCGCUUGGAAUUCGAGAAAAUACGCUAAGGUUUUAGUAGAACGUAGCGAUGAAAAACAAUUUGCUUUGCUAUGGCGUUAUGGGGCUGAAUUGAGAAAAACAAAUCCGGGUUCAAUUGUGAUCAUUUCUCAGGUGGAUAAUGUUCUUAGAGGAAAAUACGGUGGUCAGUUGCUAGCAGCAAUUGGGGUUGAUGCCAAUGAUUCCAUAUAUCUUAUUGCAUAUGCAAUAGUUGAGAAAGAAAACACUAGUUCAUGGCGUUGGUUUCUUAUGUUGUUAGCUGAGGACCUUUCUAUAGAGAAUUGGGUGUCCGUAACCUUCAUGAGUGAUAGAGAAAAAGGACUAGUUAAAGUUGUUGUCGAUCUAUUUCCCGUAGCAGAACAUAGGUUUUGUAUUAGGCAUAUGUAUCAGAACUUUUUUCGACGCGAGUUCACGGGAAAGUACUUAAAAGAUUGCUUGUGGGGUCCUACAAAAUCAAGUCAUUUGGCUUCGUUUAAACACUGGAUGUCAAAGAUUGAAACUGCUAGUCCGACGGCCUACAGAUUGUUGAAGGCCAAACCACCGUCUGAGUGGAACAAAGGAAAUGAGAUAAAGGAUUACGUGUCGGAAUUGUUUACAAUUGACACCUACUUGAGCACAUAUGAACAUUUUAUAUAUCCAAUGAACGACAAAGAGUUGUGGCCUGAAACUGAACAACCACUUGUUAAGCAUCCACCUUGGUUUGGAUUUCUAGGGUUCUUGCGCUGGAGGUUUUGUGAUUCUUGCGAUCGCGAUUUGCAGGAUCUUGGCUCAGGAUUAGAAGCUCUACAUCGUCGACUUGCAGAAUUGUCUCUCAAUUUUCUAGCCGGGCAUUUGUUGUUAACGAGAGAAGAGGGUUUUGGGUUUCAAUUGGAGGGCAAUGGCAAUGGGGGAAAUGGGUAA